UGUUACAGUUCAGAUAAGUGAACAAGGAACAAGAGCACGUACAAAAUAUUCAUUGUCAUUGCAAGUUUUUAAUAUACACAAAUACAAUAUUUGUGACUAAUACUUUUUGUACUUGCAGGAAAAUUCAAAUACAGGAGUCAAACAUGUCUCUGCUGCACAGUAUGAAGAGAUUCCCUAUUUCAUACCUGACAGAUACAUGUACCAGCACCAGUCAGACAGUUGACACACCAAUAGGUCCUCAGGUUGUUGGAUCAACUCUUGGACAUCAAGCACCCUUAAUUAGACCAAUAGUGGUUCCAAAGAUGGAGGACAGGUGCGGAGAUGUCACAUUUCCAAAAGAUGACAACUUGCCUGAACUGGAUUCAAUUGCAACUUUAAAACAUCAGUGGAAAGAUUUAGAACUUUCAGUUGACGAGUCCCAGAAUUUAGAAAAAAAUACAAGAUCUCAAAGCAAGUCUGAUUUGUGGUACAAAGCAAGGAAAGGGCUAAUUACUGCUUCAAACUUUGGUCUGCUUAUGACUCGCAAAAAACAAAUCAAUGACACAUUUAUCAGAAACACCUUUGACAAAGAGUAAUUUUCCUCCAAUCCAACAACUUAUGGGAAUUCUAAUGAGAAAAUAGCUAAACAAAUGUACAUGAAAAAAACUCAAAAUCAUCUUCAUGACAUUGGCUUUGUUGUAAACCCAUCUAUUCCAUUUAUA